GCAUCCAUUCCACUGCUGGUGCAGUGGCAGGGUUUGAGUUUAAUAACUGAGACGAGAUAGAUAGAUAGAUUGUGGUGAUAGCAAUAGGCGAGUGAGUGGAGUGAGGAUCCUCUCCUCAGUUUUAUCUAUCUAUUUAACGCGCGUGUUCCUGCUUGCUUCGGUGGACUGACUGGAUGGCGGCAUUCAAUGUUACAGCACCGCCACUUUUCUCACUGUCGAAUGUUGCAGAUAGCAGCAGAGGCAUAAGAAGAAUCAGAGCUCUGAACCCUAACCCUAGAAGUAUCGCCGCCGGGUUUGGCCGUGAGAGAGGCGUGAAACUGCUGCCACUAUUACCACUACGAAAAGAACAACAACAGAACAGUAGUAUUGUUGGUGCGAGAGUGAGAGUGAGGGCUGGCAGUGGUGAAGAGGAAGUAACAGUACAGUCAAAAGUGACUCACAAAGUAUACUUUGAUAUAAGUAUUGGAAAUCCAGUUGGAAAGCUGGUGGGAAGGAUUGUGAUUGGACUCUUUGGUGACGAUGUACCCCAAACUGUUGAGAACUUCCGUGCCCUUUGCACCGGUGAGAAGGGUUUUGGCUACAAGUCCUCUGCCUUCCAUCGUGUCAUCAAGGAUUUUAUGAUUCAAGGAGGCGAUUUUGACAAAGGAAAUGGGACCGGAGGCAAAAGUAUAUAUGGCCGUACUUUCAAAGAUGAGAAUUUUAAACUGUCUCAUACUGGACCAGGAGUAGUUAGCAUGGCAAAUGCAGGUCCCAACACUAAUGGGAGUCAGUUUUUCAUAUGCACCGUCAAGACCCAGUGGCUGGAUAAGAAACAUGUUGUAUUUGGCCAAGUUUUGGAAGGCAUGGACAUUGUUAGGUUGAUUGAAUCACAGGAGACAGAUCGUGGCGAUCGUCCCCGAAAGAAGGUGCUUAUCAGUGAAUGUGGUGAGCUUCCAAUUGCUUGACAUGUUUUGUUUUCUCAUGGCUUCUCUUUGUUUCUUGCUGCUCUGGAGGAAAAGGAGCUCCUACUCUCUGGAAUUUUUGUUUUACUAUUCCCUUUCUUAAUUAUUUUCAUACUAGGACCUACAAACUCUUACCGGCUAUUUGUAUUCUAGUAGAAAAUAUAGUUGUAUUUGGUAUCAUAUUCAGGUAUUUUAGAUCCUAUCUGAAUAUCCUUAAGUUAUGCCAAACAGCCAAAGUGCAGAUUCCACGUGGAAUCAAAUGGUGAGGGAGGGAACUCCAGGAAUCUUGUACAAGCUGCUGGGUCAAAUUUAAUAUCAUUGUGAAUGAGUUCUCUUAGA